GGGCCCCCAGGCCGACAGCGUGCUGACCUCCGCCCCUGCCUCCCGGACCAGGCACCCCAUGGGCCACCCUCUGCAGACCCUCAGCCGGCUCCCGCCGGGCGAGCUCAGCCCCGAGGCGGGUGGCGGGGUCCAGAAGCGGACUCUGCUCAGGCAGCUGAUCGCCUACUUGGCCAUGAUAGCCCCCUCGCCCACCCCGGCGGGCCCACUCGCGCCUGAUGACCUUCUGCGUGUGCCUUGGAGGAAACACGGGAAGCGGUUUUCGCCUUCAGAAGACCCCACCGAGCCCCUGGGCACUGGCGAUGACCCCAGAGCACGGGACGGCGGUGCUCACGGCCACGGAGAGGUCGGCCCUGUGAGCCUCAACGGUGGGGACGUCCUGCAGGGCCUGGGGUCUCGACGCCCACCUGGAGCCCCACCUGGAGCCCCUCCUGCCACCGGGAUCGAGCAGGCAGAGGGCCCGCGGCUGCCUUGUCUUCGGAGGAGGACACCGCGGGGGUGGAGAACGUGAGGAGCCGGACCUACUCCACAGAGCUGCUUGCGAGGCCGCGCUCGGAAGCCCAGGGCCCACGGGCUCGGGGAGUU